GCCAUCAUUGAAGCUGUGAUCAAUCAGACUAAAAGCCAUUUUUUUUGAAAUCUAAUCUGGAAUUUUUGUUUCAUCUGAUGUUGACAUACAGUAAUUUUCGAUUGCGUCCAUUUCACGUAGCGGCUCGCAGGGAGAGCCAGAGUCUCGAACAACCCCACCAUCAAGAGAUCAACAUCAGACUUUCGCAUCUCAAAGGUCUAAUGAUUGAAGCAAAACAUGCAAUUGACAGAAGUAAAUAGAAUAACCGUAUGUUCGACUUAAGUCCAAGAUAUUGUAGACCCUUUUCAUCCACCAGACGCAGAAAUCAGCUCUGCAUUCUGGUUAUUAAUCAUCAUAUGACAUCCUCAGCUCAUGCGAGCAUCUUCCCCGAUGCAGAGGAACGUUAUGUUUUACUACUCUACACAUAAGGACCAACCUACGCAGCAUGCACAUCCACAAGUACCAGCAAUAAGAAACCAUGGCCAUUGUACACAUCGUGCUCUUCGAAUUCAAGCCUUCGACUGAGAGUGAGGUUAUUCAUGAUGCUCCAGCUUUGUUGUCUCGAGACGUCAAUAGAGAUUAUCGAAGGGCGAGGGAGGAUAGUCACUGAUUGAAUUUCACAUAGGUUUGCAAACGCAUGCUAGCCCUCCGCCAGAACUGCGUCCAUCCCACCACCAAAGAACCAUAUAUCCUAGACAGCACAGGCGGAAGAGAUAACUCUCCAGAGGGACACCAAGGAGCAUUCUCGCAUGCCUUCGUAUCGCAUUUUAGAAAUGAGGAGGAUAGGAGAUAUUACCUUGAGGAAGACCCUGCGCAUUUGGAGUUUGUAAGGAGCUUGAAGGAUAUUAUACAGAAUGUUAGGGUGGUGGAUUAUUCUCCUGGGGUGUUUUGAAGGGUGGAGAUUGAGGAUAAGGUGGCGAGGGGAUGAAGAAGAUGCUGUGAAUGAAAUAAUUGCAUUCUAGGGACAUGGGAGAAUGGCCAUAGUGUGACUGAUAGACUGCAACGUCUAGUUUGCAAGGAAAACCAGUUUAAGUUCAAUGUGGUUGUACAUGUUUCAUUCUGCUGCAUCUAUGCCUUCUAGUGCCGAUGCUGGUAUCCAGACUCCCUCCCAGAAACGCCGUCCUAUGCCUAUGCUAUGCCGUAAAGUCGAAUCUAUAAUACGUGAAAGGAAAGGAAGUCGUGCCAUUAUACCAUAAAGGAUUCGCCGCAACCGCAUUGUUCCU